UAGUAACGACACAAGCCCUAAUUUUUAAAACUCGCAACACUUCUAGUCUGCGACAACUCAACUAAUCGUCUCGCUCGAAAAUAAUGGCGGAAGUGAAUCAAAACGACGACGUUCAAAGCGAGACGAGCGAUUACACAUCGGAAGACGAAGGAACCGAAGAUUACAAAAGAGGAGGCUAUCACGCAGUUCAAAUCGGCGAUACAUUCAAACACGCUCGCUAUGUUGUGCAAAGCAAGCUCGGGUGGGGCCAUUUCUCCACUGUUUGGCUCUCUUGGGACACUCACAAAUCUAGAUAUGUAGCCUUGAAAAUUCAGAAAAGUGCCCAGCACUACACCGAGGCAGCAAUGGAUGAAAUCAAAAUUUUGAAACAGAUUGCUGAGGAAGAUCCAGAUGACAAAAAGUCAGUUGUAAAACUUUUGGAUCACUUUAAACAUUCGGGGCCAAAUGGACAGCAUGUUUGCAUGGUUUUUGAGUACUUGGGUGAUAAUCUUUUGACACUAAUUAAGUACUCUGACUAUCGGGGGAUUCCUCUUCCUAAGGUUAAAGAAAUAUGCUCCCACAUAUUAGGAGGGUUGGAUUACUUACAUCGCAAGCUUUCUAUUAUACAUACUGAUCUGAAGCCAGAAAAUGUGUUACUUUUGUCAAUGAUUGACCCGAGUAAAGAUCCAACAAAGUCAGGCGUACCUUUCAUCAUCCCAUCUAAGAAGGAUAAGAUUGUGCCUGAGUCUGGGGCUUGUAAAGAGGUAAGGAGCUACAAUAGUGAUUUGACCAAGAACCAAAAAAAGAAAAUCCGUAAAAAGGCUAAGAAAGCAGCUCAAAAUUGUAUGGAGGAACAUCCAGAAGAAAGUGAGCCAGAUAAUGAAGCAGCUGUAACCGAAGUUCCCCAUCAUGAUAAGAAAUCAAAUAGCGACUCAAUUGAAGAUAAAUCUAUGAGAGAUAGGUCAACAACUACAGGCAGUAAUAGGAAUUCACAACAAGGAAACCAAAGUCACAGAAGAGGCAGCCGUUCUGCAAGACGAAAGCUAUUAUCUGAGAUUGACACUAGGUGCAAAUUAGUUGAUUUUGGUAAUGCCUGUUGGACAUAUAAACAGUUUACAAGUGAUAUUCAGACUCGGCAAUAUAGGUGUCCUGAGGUACUCCUAGGAUCGAAGUACUCAACUUCAGCUGAUCUAUGGUCAUUCGCUUGUAUAUGCUUUGAACUGGCCACUGGUGAUGUCCUCUUUGAUCCGCACAGUGGUGAUAACUAUGACCGAGAUGAGGAUCACUUGGCAUUGAUGAUGGAGCUUCUCGGAAUGAUGCCUCGCAAGAUUGCUCUGGGAGGACGACAUUCUCGAGAAUUUUUUAAUAGAUACGGUGAUUUAAGGCACAUACGUCGGUUACGUUUUUGGCCACUUAAUAAGGUGCUUGUGGAGAAAUAUGAGUUUAGUGAGCAAGAUGCGAAGGACUUGGCUGAUUUUCUUGUUCCCUUACUUGAUUUUGUACCUGAGAAAAGGCCCACAGCUGCACAGUGCCUUUCUCAUUCAUGGUUUUCCAGCGGUCCUCGUUCUUUAGAUCCCACUCUAGUUACACCCGAGGCUACAGAUAGUAUUUUGUCUGAAAAAAAGCGAGAAAAUGAAGAGAGAGAGGCAAUGGAGGUUGCAGUGGGGAACAUUGUGAUUGAUGGAGCUUCAAAGCCCGUGAAAGAUCCAAAACAAAAUUAGAGCAUGUCAUGUUUUUUAAUAGGACUAUUUUCCUGUUAAGCAGUGUAUGCUAAUUUUGGUUUCUUAUAUUUCGUUGUUGCUCCUCCAUUGCUCAUCCUCUGUCUUGUCGCCAAUUUGUUUGACAUCCAUGCAAAGUUUUGGGUUUAUGAAGUGAAGACAUUUGAUUCUUUGAUGGAAAGACGAUCGAGUAUAAUUCUUGUCCAAGGUCUGUGAGGACAUGUCUUUCUUUACAAGGAAUCAUCAGGAUGUACAAACAUUAUCUGCAUGUUGAGUGUGCAGAGAUUAGCUUCGGAUGACGGGGAGCAUUUUAAAGGUGUAAAUCAGAUUAGAGUUAUAAGUGCAUAUUCAGUUCAGCAUCAUUAUUAUGCUCUAUUUCUUGUGUAUGGUGUUAAUGCUGUUAUUCUUUCGUAUUUGUGAAAGUUCACCCUAACUAUGAUGUUUGUCUGUUUAGUGAUUUAAGAAUAUUUGGGGUGAUAAUUGCACAUUUUUAUCCCCCUUUGUUGUGUUUUUACUGGUUGCCGCUUUAAUAUGUUCACCUUA